CGCGAAAGUGAUGAAGGAGCUGGGCACCGGACGCUCGCGCGGCUUCGGGUUCGUGAGCUACGAGGACCGCGUGAGCUCUGCGACGGCGAUCAAGAAGAUGCAGGGGUACAAGAUACUGGGGAAGCGGCUGAAGGUUGAGUUCAAGAAGGGCGAGCAGGAGAGCAAUCCGAUGGACACCGGCGACAAGAUGCGGGACCUCGACGGGGACGACGAGGGCAAGAAGAGCUAUCCCGAUGACGAGCGGCUCAUAGGCUACCUGAGGGCCAUCUCGGCAAAGAACGUCGUCCAGUCGACAGAGAAGGACGGCGAUGCCAGGUCCGGCGACGGCGACGCCGCGGCGGCCGAGGCGCCCGAGCCUUCCGAGGGCGGCGACUAG